CAUGGACCAAUCAAUUUUCUUAUGCUUACGCAUUAUGCAUUGUGCAGAAGUGUGUGCUCCCCGCUUCGCUUAACCCUUACCCUUAGUCCUCAGUCGCCUUCGUUGAACCACCGGGUGAGUUUCGAACAGAUCGAGUGAAAAUAAUCAGAUUCGCACGGUGCGAGAAAGAAUGGAUGACGAGAAUGCAAGCUGCGCCCACGACGACGAGGAAUAUGCACAAUUGUCAUUGUUGCAUCUCCCGGUGGAGCGAGGCCCAACAAACUGUUUUGGAAGUUGUCAUGCGCUGCGAUCGAGAAACAAACAGCGCUGUGGAAACAGUCGGACUCUAUGGAGAAAUUGAUGCUGAUGAAUUCCCAUGUAAAAGCUGUGUUGUUGAUGCACGUAGUAACGAGGAACCUUUUUACGAAGUCCGGGACUAUCUCGACAAUGUACCAAGUGACUGUCUGAUGGCGAUAGACCACACAGUCUACGUCUGCAGUUACAAUAAUAUAAUCAAAUCGUGGGUGCUCACCAACACCGGUCUCGUCCAUGACAGAACUUACGAGAUAGAGCAGAGCAACAGAAUAAGGGAUUCGCUGAUGUGCGUGUCUUCGUGUCCGGAGCAGGCCCUCUUUGCAACUGGCUCAAACCACGGGACAAUAAACGUGUUCGAUUCAAGAUCGAGCAAUAAGCCGAUCAGGCAGUACAGGCCGUCGUACAGUAGAUACGUGGAUAAGCUAACCAUGAACACGAAAUACAUCUUGUCCGCCAGCGAGGACGAGACGGUGACGGUGUCCGUUUGGGAUCAGAGAGCUGAUCGGAUCGUGAAGUCUAUCACAAUUCCAGGUGAAAGAGGCGAGUAUCCCACGUGCAUGAGUAUGCGACGAGAUUGGGUUUGCGUUGGGAACACCAAGAAGUUGCACAUGCUAGAUCUAACAAACGAUUUUGAGCUAGUAAAAUCUUAUUCCACUGAGCAUACGGAAACUCUAACGGGGGUGCGUCUGACGCACGGAUGCCUGAUAACGAGUUCCUACGACGGGACCGUCAGAAUUUCGAGCCCUACAGAUCCGCCAAAGCACAUCGCUACUUUAUGUCCAAAGAUCGGAGCUAUCGACAGCAUGGACUACCUGAAUGACACUCUCGCGAUAGCAGGCGGUAGUCUCGUUGUAUGGCGCCCGAGAAAUCAACGUGUUUAACGAACCAUCAAUGAACAAAAAAUUUCUAUAUGUGUUUUAUAGAUAGCUAUUCUACAGCAAUAUUAUUGCUUUGAUAUGUAAUAUGUGAUGUUCUUAUUCUUUCUCAAGAUACUACUUUGAUGCGUCUCUCUAAUACGCAAUGUGAUAGAUACCGUUUCGCGAAAUUAGAUGUAGAUAUAUCGUUUUGUUAGAAAUACGUUUCUGUAAAAGCUUCACUAUAACAUCGCUUAUUAUAAGCUAAGCUUAUAAUUAUUGCGUAUUCACGACGAGAUCUUUUAUGUUGAGAAAAGAAUAAGCAAAAAUAUAUUUUUUUAUACUGUAAUUUAGUGCCAUAAGUAUUUAAAUAUAUUUAUACAUUGCAUUAUAUCGUAAAUACAUAUUAUUACUCGUUUGUCGUUUUGCAAAUUUUUCUGAUAAUGUGCUUUAUGUUAAUAUCAUGCAUUUCCUGCUCACGUUUACGUGCAGAUUCGAGAAGCGGCGACGUUUAAAGAUUCUUCAAAUAUCGGACACCUGUUUAUAACAUUUAUAUCCAAAGUAUAAGUCGUUUAUUCGAGUAACAGAUAACGUUCCUUAUCUCUUUUCGAUUGCCGAAAAAAAAACAUCUCUCCCGAAUCAUCGCAGGUCCUGUGUGAACGCAGAAUGGUAUGUCGCGUGAUGUAUCGCAUAACGUUCCCAUUGUCGGAAUUCUUUACGUCACAACUCGAUGGACACCGUUAAUUAAGCUUAAUAAAUAAACGAGCAAAUUUAAUCACCUUUCUCAACAUAGGG